AUGAUUUUAAAAGAGUUUUGUGCAGAGGGCUAUGAACGGAUACCAGAGGCCAUAGCUGCGGGGGCACAGCGUGUUGAGCUUUGUGCCCGUUUGGAUGUUGGCGGCGUCACCCCGUCCGCUGAUACGAUUCAAAAUACAGUGGAAUAUUGCCACUCUAGAAAUGCUAUGGUAAUGGUUAUUAUACGCUGUAGGGAGGGCAAUUUUUAUUACAGUGAUGAGGAAUUUCAGGUAAUGUUGAAAAGCGUGAUAUUGGCGAGGCGUUUGGGGGCAGAUGGUGUUGUUUUUGGCGCCAUUGAUACCCUUGGCAAUGUGGACCCCCGAAUUAGCAUCCUAUUGUCUGCUGCCAAAGGGAUGUCUCUGACGUUUCACAUGGCUUUUGAUGAAAUCCCUACCGAAAAGCAAUUUCAGGCCAUUGAUGCGUUAACGGCCUACGGAUUUCACCGGAUUCUAACCCAUGGAGGAUCCGCAAGUACCAAUAUUGAAGAAAAUUUGGAUUGGCUGAAGGAACUUGUUUUAUAUGCAAAAAAUAGAAUAUCCAUAAUGCCCGGAGGUGGCGUUACUAAUUUGAAUGCUGAGAAAAUUGCCAGGGAUCUGGGUGUUACUGAGGUUCAUGGAACGCGGGUUGUGAGAUUUGUUUAA